GGCAUGGGAGCCAGCGAGAGCAGCCAGGGCGGCAGGAAGGUCUCCUUCGGGCUGGAUGAGCGGGAUCAAGUCCGCGUGCUGCAGGGCAUCAGGCUCACUGAAGAUGUAGUGAACCGAAUGAAAGAAUCUUCUCAAAGUAAAAGGGACAACCAGAGAUCGUCCCGUUCAUCCAGUGGCACAGCUCCAUCUUCAUCAGCUGCAGAAGGGAAACCCAAAUCUCCUAUAGGAAUCCAGCCACCAAUGGCAAGUGACUCUGGUCAGAAGUCUUCUGCUGCAGAGCAGGACCUGUACAGGAGGUAUGAGCAAGAACAAGCACUGGUCCAAGAGGAGUUGCUCCGUCUGGCCAAAAGAGAAAGUGAAGCCUUGAAUACUGCCCUUCAGCAGGAGAGGAGCAGCAGUAAAGAACAGAGGCAGAGAGCAGCCCAGCUGCCUGCGGAUUUGGAUGCCUGGGCUGCAGAGCUGCAAGGCAGGGAGGCAGAGCUGAAGCGGCAAGAGGCCUUCUACAAAGAGCAGUUGGCUCGCAUUGAGAGGAAGAACGCAGAGAUCUACAAGCUGACAUCGGAGCAGUACCAGGAGGCAGCCACCAAGGCAGAAGAGUCAAUAAAGAGAAGGAACACUGACCCUGUGUGUGCACGCCUGCAGUCUGAAAUUCUGAAGUGCUACCAAGAAAACAAAUGUGAAGUGCUCAAAUGCUCCGAGCUGGCUAAGGAAUAUCAGCGCUGCGUUAGUGCUGCUCAGAAGUUUAUUGACCACGGGUUUCACCAAGAGCUACCGCUGCCGUUAGAUAAUGAGAAUUGA